AUGAAGGUGCUGUGGAGGACAGACAAGAGGAAGGAUAUUGUAACAUGCUAUAUGACGGCCAUAACGGACGUAGCGUGUGCCAACACGCAGAAUAAGAAGGUGAAAAUCAACAAACGGAUUCUCGGGAGAAUAUCAGACUACGAACGAGGGACGUUAUGGAAAAUAUGGGCGAAGACCGAACAGUACAAAAACCAAUUCCCAAAUGACAUGUACGGACAUCUACUCUCAUAUGACAACUGCGAAUUUGAUGUGGCAAUCAAAAAGGAUCUCAACCGAACGUUCCCAGAACACGCUAUAUUCAAGGAUGGAGCGUACGCCCAAAAGAUCCUAUUCAAUGUCCUACACGCAUAUGCCAUGUAUAACCCCGAUGUUGGGUACUGUCAAGGGAUGGCAUUCAUCGCAGGAAUGCUGGUACUCUACAUGAACGAAGAGGAUGCCUUCUUCACAAUGAUCAGCAUCAUGGAUAAACACAAUAUUAAAACGCUAUUCCUGCCGCAAAUGAGACAGCUAGAAAGGUACUGCGAUGUGCUAGACCAGUACCUCAGACGCAAAAUGAAGAAACUAUAUGCACAUAUGCAACAACACGGUGUAGAUAUCACAAUAGUUGCUGCAAAAUGGUUCAUGACACUAUUCACAUACAACUUCUCCAUAGAAACAGCAGCGCUGCUAUGGGACGCCAUACUCUCCAUGGAUGACGACUGGGUACUGUCAAUCGCUAUAGCAAUAUUCAAACUUAUGGAGGUAUGCUUGCAUGGAUAUAAAAAGAACAUAUAUCACGCAGAACGCUUUAAUCAACGCAAACCAAGAUGA